CUGUAAAGCAAUCUGAAAUUUCACAAACGCGAGUUGGUUCUUCCUUCACAAUGCGAAGCCAGUAUAUUUUCAAGGCGCCCUUUCUGUCGAGCGACGAAAUAAAACUCGGUAACCUCAUUCCAAACAUCAGAGAUCCCGAACUAGACGCCCAAGAAUGUCCUUGGCCGAUCGCUCUCAACGAGGACUAUACCGUCAAGCUCAUCGACAAUUUCCAUGCCUUUUUCCGGUCGGAAAGGAACGUGCAAUUGUCGGGCUUUCUCUCGAGACUAGUCAAUGUCUCCGGUCAACGCACCACUGCAAAUAACGAUGAGCUGUCUUCGGCACGUGGCAAUAUCCACACACUCAAGAAGCCAAAUGCUUUCUUCCAGAAACUUUGCAAGGAUCAGGACGUUCGAGUAUGGCUGCAGGAGCAGAUCGAAGACGGCCUGGAUGUUCAUUUUGUGGUCGGGUUUGUCACUUUGUUGAAUGCCAGGGCCGCGGAUGGCACGUCCUCAAGCAACGCGUUCAAGGGUCAAGGGAGCAUUCCAGUGACAGAAGUACUCGCUGGUGGGGUGCCAAAUGACCUCUUGGAUGUCCGGCUAGCAGGUGGCUACUCGUCAGCCGAAGCUAACGGACGAAGCUAUCUCGCGCCCGGAGAGCAGAUAUUUGGAUUGCGAGUCAAAAAAUUGGUCUUCAAGUUCUUUCGAUCGAGGAGUGUCGCCACCGCAAAGCUUGAGAAAAACACAUCUUGGGAGCUAGUGUCUGGUAACAGAGCUGCUUCCCAGCAGGGAUCGGAGUGGGUCCAAGCAUCCCUUGCUGGCGACGAGAUUGAGUCGGGGGAUGAAGUCGAUGAGAGCGAUGUUGGAUUCGCUGAGGAUGAUGAGUUCAUUUUGCUGGACGAUGGAAGUGAUAGCAGCGAAACUGAACAGGACUGAUUGCUCCCAAUUUCUUGUUUAACAGAGCCGAACCCACUCACGCUUACCAACGAGAUGGAUGUUGAGCUGCUUUGUGCGACCUGAAGGUGUAUGACAGAAUGGGUUGUCCAAUAAUUGAUCGACCGACGUGGUAACAAGACUUUUUAAAUGAAGAAAGUCAAUUUACUGGAACAAGG